AUAUAGCCUUGGUUGAACCCAAGGCCCUAAAACAUAGUUGAACCGUGGCUAAUAAGUACUAAGGAGAUAAAUCGGAGGACUAAGGAGGUAAAUAUUUACUUUAAACUUGUUUGUGCCAUGAAUAACUAUCAGCUUUGAAAUCAGGAGGUCAAAUUAUGUCAUGUGAUAUGCUUUUUACUAUCAUUUGAGGUUCAGGUUCGCAACGAAAGUAAAGGCUGCCGGUCCGAAAGUAAAUAAAUACCGAUAAAUCUAUCUCAGCAGCCAUAGUUGGCACUGGGAGGUCAAGACUAACGAUGCGCGUGGCGGCUGCGGUGCUGCUGCUGGCCGGCGCCGGCUCGGCCCAGGUGCUGUUCUCGCUGCAGCGGCUGGGCGACCCGCGCGCCCUGCUCCAGCUGCCCCCCAUCACUCUGGUGCGCGACCCGACGCCGUCCGCCGAGACUGAGCCCCAGCUCGGCUACAAACAGCAGGUCGAACAGCGGAACGCCGAGUGCUACCAGCAGUGCGCCAAAGAGUUUGCGAACGCAGCGGGCUCGGCGGCUGCCUGCGAGCGCGGCUGUCGCCUGUUUGCACUGGGAGAGGCCAACGAACCACAGCUGAGCGCCGGCGAGCACCGCGACAAGUGCGCUAAAGACUGCGCCACCGCCUACCCGGUGCCGGUGGAGCAGCACUCGUGUCAGAGCGGCUGCCACCACCAGCGGCCCAAACAGCAGGACGAGGAUGGCGCGCCGGUCGUCAUGUCCGUGGUCAGGAAGUACUCGUUCGAGUCGGAAGACGGCCAGCAGGUUCAGCGCUCCCAGUCGUCGGUCCUGGUCCACGACGGAGACCAGAUGCACGUCAUCGAGGGGCCGGCGCGCGUCACCGUCUCACAGCGAGGCCCGAUGACGGGCGACGGUCCGUUCCCGAGCAUGCUGGACGGCAUGCUGGACCGUAUGCGGCAGACGAUGCAGCACAUGCUGCAGGGCAUCAGCGGCCAGCCGGACACUGAGGAGCGCCAGCAGCAGGGCGAGGAGCAGCCGAAGGAGGUUCAGGAGGCUCAGGAGCGGCAGGAGCAGGCGCUGGUCGAGCAGAGGAUGGAGCAGGCCGAGCAGCAGCUGCGGGACCGGCUCGCCCAGGCCCACCGCGACAUGUUCGUGACGGGAGCGGCGGCGCGGCAGCACGAGUCGAGCUGGCGGCGCGCCUGGCGCUGCACGCCCCACUACGUCAUGCUGGGCGUGCUGCUGCUGGGCACGGCGCUGGUGCUCUACACCUGCUACUGCCUGAUUGUGGUGGUGCGCCGCCGCCGGCGCCGCGAACUGCGCGACCAGCUCGUCCAGCACGUGGAGGUGGCCGAGGACCUGCCUCCCAAGUACUCGCUGGCGGUGGCCGAACAGGAGCCGACCAAGACCUCCGAGGUGAAGGACGCGCCGCCGGCCUACUCCAGCAUCACGGCCGCCGACGCCGAGCUGCCGCCCAAGCUGGACGUCUAGGGCCGACAUCUAGCGGUCGAUAGCGGCACUAUUAGUGCGACGGUGGCGCCGGCGCCUCGGCCGAACGCAUAAUUUCCGUUGGCUUUCCGAGUGAAAUCCCGCUGUGCAUAGAGGCUACGUUCCAUCAUUCUGGCAUUAGCGCCAUGCUGUAUUGUAUGAGUUGUGUGUCGUGAUCAUAUAGGGGAUGGGUGAAGGGUUCAUAACACGCGCUAGGUGUAAAGCAAUAUCCGCCCGAAAAAAAAAAAAUGUUUAUUUUUGUGUGAAAGGUCUCGCUAUAACUAUGCGUUCUUGAGUAGAAGGAAAAGUUUUAGUGGCCUGGCCCGGGGAUGUGAGGGGUCGUCUUGUGAUUGUGAUUUACUAGCACUUAAGGGGCGAAUUCGCAGGAUGCUCUCCAUGGAGGUUUUUCUGUUUGUCUGCCUUGUGCUUAUUGAAACACCAAAGUUAAAUACAUUUAUUUAUUGUGAA